GUCAGUGUCUCCCGGGUGAGCGGUGCCAUUGCAACGAGGGAAGGCGAGUGCAGGUGUGCCCACCUGCAGACAUGGGACGCAGAAAGUCAAAACGGAAGCCGCCACCCAAGAAGAAGAUGACAGGUACCCUUGAGACCCAGUUCACCUGCCCCUUCUGCAACCACGAGAAGUCAUGCGACGUGAAAAUGGACCGUGCCCGCAACACCGGAGUCAUCUCUUGUACCGUGUGCCUAGAGGAAUUCCAGACGCCUAUCACGUAUCUGUCAGAACCCGUGGACGUGUACAGCGAUUGGAUAGAUGCUUGCGAGGCAGCCAAUCAGUAGCAACGCAGAAGACCCACCCGCUGGGUCCGACACCAGAGACAUUCCAGGGGUCCAGGGUGUGGGUCCAGGGCUGUCGCUCGCAGCCCUCGGUGUGUGUGGAGUGGGUGUGAGUGUGAGAGUGUGUGUGUGGCUGCGCAUGUAGCUGUGGGAGUGGCCGUGGGGUGUGCUUGUAGACACGUGGUGGCAUUGAGGGGUUGCUGGCCCUGAGGGGCCUGAACUGGCCUCACUUGGCUCCAGAAGCCUUUCCCUUGCUCCCUGGUCCAGCCCUGGGCCCCCUGGUUUUGGGGCCCUGGCUCCUGGGGUGGGGGGGGCAGUUUCCCAACACCCUGGGCAAGGGAAGCCUGCAAGAGGCUGGAGCGGGACCUCUCUGGCCACCUCACCAGCACCUCGCCCCUUUGACCUGGACUCCCCACUUCCCCACCUUCCAAUGCCUGUGGCCUGGGAUUCAAAGCCACCAUCGCCCAGGUCCCUUGACUGGGCCCUGGAGGGAGCCAGCUUGCCCAUGCUAACUGGGAAGCCUCAUUUCAUGUCACUUGCCUUUGUAGAGGAGGCGGGGGCUGGGUUGGGGGACGGCUGUCAGUCACAAGCCCUUAAAUAAAGCAGCCGAUGCAGA